AUGGGCCUUUUGAAGUUUUUCUCGUCCAAAAAGUCAGCAGAGAAGGCGGCAAACGAUAUCAAAGCCCAAGCAUACGAUGCCACCACCGCGUCUCUUCCCCCGCUCCUGGGAACCUAUCCCGUUGCUGGCAAUGGCCCGACCAAUGUUUUCGAAGACCUGCAACGGUCUCACCAUAAAAUGAGUGAGACCAACUUGUCUCUCGCGGCCGGCUCCGAAGCUUCUGCCCCUGCUCCUCCCGCCCCACGAUUUCGCGAUGCCAGCGUUGAGCGCCCUAGCUCUGCUCCGAACGGCGCAGGGCCAGAUGUGAUGAGAAGUGGCCCCUCGUGGCGUGAGAGCCAAGACGGGUCGACUAAGAGCCACGAGUCGACGUGGGUGAAGAACAAGCUCGAUGAGAUCUUUGAACACGUACCAGUGCGGACGAGCAGUCUGCGGCAUUGGUCGAUAUCCUCGGCAACACCGACAAUGUCGAGCUCGAGCUCGUUCCAGCGACCCCAGUCAAGGCAUACAGCUACGACAUCCGUCGAUCUAGCGACAAUGUCAUCAUUUAUGAAUGAUAGCUGCGAUUCGUUGCACAGUGGAACUGGUGGUCACACUUCUUUCUGUACUGCGCUCGAGAGUGCGGUGCCAUCCCCAUUGGACUCGUCGGCGCCCGGUGCCAGCUUCAAUAUUGACGACUACCUGUCUUCAGACGAUGAUGUCGAUGCAGACUCGUUCAUCACAACGCGCCGUCGAGACUCGGGGCUCGGCGCAACCAACGAGGAGGAGCUGCUUUUCAGCGAUAAUGGGUACGGGGAGGGCGGUCUGCAACUGCCUGGACUAUUCGACAGCCUCACAGCCAUCCCGGAGCCCACCUUCGCAUCGCCGUCGCGGCUUAGUAUGAGACAUUCUCACAGCGGCCCUGUGCAUUUCCAGCGGAAACUGUCACUCGACCCCAGAGUCGAGGCGCCCAUCUUCUCACUCGAUGAGGAUGAUUAUGAGCCAGGUGACUAUGACAUUCUUCCCGCCCGGGCUGAUCUAGCUCUGGGCCGACGAGGCACGCGGAGGAUAUCCGCAAUUGGCAUUCAUCAGAGCAUCGAGGAGGAGAGGGAGGAGAAGGUCGACGUGCGGACGGCCGUGCGGCUGCGCAAGGAGGCCAAGGCGAAGCAGAGGGCGAUGGCGAGGCUCAGCAGGGUGCAGAAUAGGAGGGCUGUCGCCGACGAGGAGGCUCAUCCUUCUGAUAGGGAGUGA